AUGUCCAACUACUCUAGCUCUCCUUCCGACUACUCAUACCCUUCCUCUACCGGCGGGGCGCCUGGCAGCGGUCCUGGCACUGUUUCUCAGGUAAUGCCAUAAUCUAUUCCGGAAAACCAUUGUAUAGUUCUUGAAAUGCUGACUAUUUCUCAGACUGAGAUAAACCAAAUGUUACAUACUCUCCGCAGCCACAGGGUCAAUACGCUCACUGAGUUGCGGAGAAUUGAAAAAGUCUUAGCUUCCAUCAACACUAUCGAAUACUGCACGGCCAUGAGAGAUGCAUGGAACCACUAUGUUGGCUCCAACUUCCUCAACGAACUCCGAGGCCUAACGCGCCAAUACCCCUUCUCAAACGAGCUCUUGGAGAAUAGCAAAUGGAGGGUCUACAACGACCCCACCAGUAAUAGGAGCUGGAACUUUGCUUGGCUCCUGCUUGCCAAGAUGAAAAACGAGUUAGUUCCUUUUGCUCCUCUCUCAUUCCAAGACUCGUAUUGGGAUUCCUCGGGCUGACGAUUCACUAGCAACAUGAUUAUUGAAUACGCGACCAAGACCGCCUUCCAACCCGCAAUGUGGGGGGGCGUUGUUCCGGAUGCAGCAAGCGCACAGCAACUUGCCAACGUCCUUACCCAGGAAUGGACCAACGCUGUUGAUAGAUUGCUCAAACAUUGGUCCAACUCACCUCCCGUCACCGCUGAAUUCUACUAG